AUGAUGCGGCGAACCACGCAUCGCAAACCAUCAAAGCUAGCGCUUACGCUAUCGCUCUUCUUUCUUGCUACGCUGACCACUGCCUCCGACUCCACAUCACCAGCAGAACGUCGCUCAUGGAGACCAGAUAGCGAGCAACCCGGGGCCAAAUUCGUCCUCGGCGACGGCAAGACCGAAGGCUCAAAAGUGAAAGGCUACGAGGGGGAAUGGCCGCUCUGGUCAUCAUCACGAAAGACCCAAUCAAGUGCAAACCAUGCAAACCCGCCCGAAGCUUCGAACUCUGUCGCUCCGCAAGCUGGAUCGAGCAACUCCACCGCCCACGUAUGCUCCCCCAUCGGAGACUGCGAACCUUGCCCCGAAGACGUAAUCCACCUCCCCUACUGUCGCCCUUACAACAACCGCCGCCGCGUCGCAUGCAGCCCCGUCACCGACCGCAACGACCCGCAAGCCGUCCAAUCCGCACUCCGCGCUGCCAACUCCGCGAAAACAGAUACUUCCGCCGCAAACGUCCGGCUCGGAUACGAGGCGUGCGGCAAAUCAGCCAAGCAGGAGGCGAGAGACUACUUUGAGAUGAUCGGGGUUAUUGCGAGCAUUGCGAUCUUCUCGGUGUGGGCAUUUGUGCAGAGGCAGAAGCUGCUGUUUAGGAGGCAGAAUCAGAGAUUGCAGAGUCGAGUGACGGGCAGGAGGAGUUCGGGGAUUCCGACAGGGGCGGGUGGUGGUGCGGGGAUGCAAGGGAGAGGGAAGAAACGCGCGGCUAGGCUGGCCAUUCCGUCUGGUCAGCGUUGA